AUGGGGCAAUCCAAGCGUUACGAAAUUCAUUUCGCAAAAUGGAAUGACUCCGGAACAAGUUUCCGAACGGCUUGGGAAAGAAAUUUCAAUGCAAGACAAUAUCAAGUUCAAUAUUGGCCUAUGAAAUUAUUGGUAGAUACAAGCGUAAAUUCCGAGCAAGGUGAUGAUGAAAGAGAAAUUAUUGGUUGUUGUGGGUUAAGACCUUACGAUCUUGAUCAUCAUAUUUACGAAAUGGGUAUUCAUUUAAAAGAAAAGUAUUGGGGAAAGGGUUAUGCUCAAGAGGCUUGCCUAGGAGUUAUGGAAUAUGCUUUCAAUAAUACCAUUAACUUGAAUGUGAGCUCAUUGUUUGCAGGACACCAUCCCGAUAAUACCUCCUCUGCACAUUUGUUGAAAAAGCUUGGUUUUCAAUUUACUCACAAUGAGUAUUAUGCUCCUACGGGAUUAUUACAUCCGUCUUAUUUGAUGAAAAAAGAUGAAUAUUUUAAGCAACAGGAAGUCCAUCGUCAUGAUUGA